UGUAGGCAAGCUCAUCACAACACGUUUGGACUCUUUGUACGAGCUCAUCUCUUGGAGACUGAAACCAGACUACAUGCGUGGGACUUCGACAACUCCCCACGCCCCAUUUACAGCGGCGUUAACUGGUGGCCGGCGGAAAUACUUCCUGCUUUUUGCCUCUACGUUUCACUCCUAGAAUUUGCCACUGAAAAGAUUACCUUUCGAUUUUUCCACCUCAAACACUUACUGACUAGUCGUAGAAAGAGUUUGAGUUUGUUAUCAUGGCAGGGAGGUUCGUGAGAUCGAGCAAAUAUCGCCACGUUUUCGGUACUGCCAGCAAGCCAGAUCAGCAGUUCACCAGUAUCCGCGGCAUUAAUGAUGGAGCAACGGAUGGGCACAUUUGCGCUGUCAACCCCAAGUUUGUGGCUGUUGCAACAAAACCGUCGGGUGGCGGGGCCUUUCUUGUUUUAAAACAUGAUGAGGCUGGUCGAAUCGAUAAUGAACAUCCCCAGGUUCGAGGACACAAGGGCAAAGUACUUGACUUGGCUUGGGAUCCAUUUGAUGACAACGUAAUCGCUAGCGGCGAUGAGCAUUCCAUAGUCUGUGUGUGGGAAAUCCCCGAUAGUGGACUGACAGAGUCGAUCACUGAACCUCGUGUAACACUCGAUUGUCAUCAGAAGAAGAUUGUCAAGAUUCUGUGGCAUCCAACAGCCAGAAACAUUCUGCUGACCUCUGCUUGGGAUUGCAAAGUUAUCAUUUGGAACCUGGAAACAGUGGAAGGAUUUUUGGAAAUUGAAACACCAGACGUUCCCUACUCUGUUGAUUGGGAUUACAAUGGCAGUCGCAUUGUGGUGGCCUGUAAAGACAAGAAGAUUCGUGUUUAUGAUUCACAUGAAGGAACGAAGCUGAGUGAGUGGAAUGGACACGAAGGCACCAAACCACAAAUGGUUGCAUUUACUAAACAGGGAGUCCUGACCACUGGGUUUAGUAAAAUGAGUACGAGGGAGUAUGCCCUGUGGAAUGAGAAAACUGGUGAACAGCUUGCCCAGGAAGACCUUGAUUCAUCAAAUGGUGUGAAUCAGAUCAUUUAUGACAGGGACACAGGAAUGUUUUACUUUGCUGCAAAGGGAGAUUCUGUGAUCCGCUACUAUGAGAUGACAGGAGAAGACCCGUUUCUGUUUUACCUGAGUACCUACCAAGCCAAGCCUCAGACAGCUGUGGGAAUCAUGCCUAAGAGAGGUUGCAAUGUGAAUGCAUGCGAAGUCAUGCGAUUCUAUAGAAUAGAAAAAGCAGACAAAGGAAACACAAGCCAAUUUGUUAUCAUCCCUACAGCUAUGACUGUGCCUCGUAAGUCCGAAACAUUUCAAGAGGAUAUCUUCCCUGAUACCCCUGGAGAUGAACCCUCUAUGACUGCUGAGGAAUUUCAGAGUGGCAAAAACAAGGAUCCCAUUUUAAUGUCACUGAAGUCUGGGUACAAACCCAAGGAGAAGUCCGUUCGUGCAGGGGGAAUCAUGAAAAAGGUGGAUGGAGGAUCCCAACUUGGAAGCAAGAUGCAAAGCAAAGGAUUGUCAGGAGAUAAGAGUGGAAGUGGAGCAGGGCAGAGUACAGCUACUGGUGCAGCCAGUACGGAACUGAGUGCCCUCAAGGAUGAGGUGAAUUCUCUGAAAGCCACUGUGGAGAGCCAGCAGGCAAAGAUUGAAGCCUUGGAAGGAAAGUUGGAAGAGUUAGCUGGAAAGGUCAACCAGACGGAGUAGGUUUAACAAUGUCAAGACUUGUACAUCAUGUGUGUUUAAUACAUUAAUGGUCCUGUCUGACUGACAGUCCAAACAUUCAGUGCACUUAUCAUACCAUUGCUGUGGAGUUUGAGCAAGUAAGGAUGCCUUGUUACCUGACAUCAAUAUCCCAUGGGGCCACUGAGACACUCAUGCUGCCAUGUGUAUGACACAGAGUUGGAAUCUGUGUAGGGUUGUAGUUUUACUGCACCCGGGUGGGCUUGCCCAGAAUCCUUAUGAUAAUGUGUACUGACAUAUAUGAUAGUCGGUCAUACUCGGACAAAUAGCCUACUAUAGCUACUCACCUGUUGAAGGAACAUACCAUAUCCUAGAAUGUGAAGACAUACGGUAUAAAUACUAAGAGCGGGGGGGUCCUUUCUACAUCACUCAACACACUGUUUCUGUUAGCAUUGUUCAGAUAUGGCUGAUAGAGAUAGUUAUGAGUGUAUGUGCUUAAUAGAGUGAAUAUUGUCCCCCCCCCAUUUAAACUUCAAAUCUUACAAUUUAAUGAAUUUAUAAAGAAGCAGAAUUGAACAAUGGUAUACUAAAUCCUUUCAAAUUAUGAGAAGACAACUUCCACUGAUGUGACAUUUGCUUUGACCGUGUGUGUGUUUUACAAACCCUUUAUUAUACUGUUAAGUUUUCUAACAAUCAUUCUAAAAUUCUUAAAUGCCAGUUGGAGCAGAUAUAUAGUAUUUUAUACACAAUCGAAUGCCAUUAUUUGCUGAUCUCGUAUUUUCUAGUAGUUUGCCAAUUAAUCAGUAUUUUGUUUUAGACUGUACUCAGUUUGUUUGAUAUAACCACAGAAAUUGGGAAGCUGCCCUUUCCUUACUUUGAAGAUGUGCUCAAGAGUUAUCUAAAUGCUGUCUAGACCCUUGGGGUAUAUGUUAUAAUUGUGCUUUGUUUUACAUCUUGAUUCCAGGAAAAGUUGACUCUAACUUGGGUACCUGUAGAUGCCAUAUUCCACAUUCAUAGCACUUAUGCAUACUUGUUGGUGUCUGUUAUGGAUCAUUUUAAUCCUCAUAGUUCUGUGGUAAUUUUUCUCGUGUACUAUUAUUUACAAGACACUUUUCUAUUUUACUAGUACAUUGUAUUAUUAAGUUGUAUUUAUUUCAUUUCUGUUCAUUGAGAGUGUCUUGGUGUAAAACGUUUGUUACUUCAUUGGGUUGGUAUUUUAUAGAAUGUUGAAGCUUUUUACGGUUUUCUAGAAGCAAUACAUGCUGUCCAACUAUUAAAACAAGUCAGGUUUGUUGCAAAAAAAUCUUACAGAAAAAAACGAGGUUGUAGUGAGUAUAAGUGGUGUCUGUUGGGAUAUCAUAAACUUCCAAUAUUGAGCUAGGAAUUAUGCUGAGCUGAGUAUGUGCCUUGGUUAUUAAUUUGUAAUUGUGUCAAUGCCAGCUUCUCUUAUAUAGUGCAGCUUUAAUGUAGUACGUAGUUUGACUGUUACAUGAUGCAAAUUUUGUAUGCAUUUAGUAAUACUUAAUGUAAAUGUUAUUUUUACUUCCAAGCAAUGGCCGGCAUACAAUUUAGGUGAAAAGUUUUGGAAGAUGACCAUAAGACUGAUAGGUAGUGGUUAUUAAUUAAGGUACUAUCUGAUAUCAUAACACUUGAAGAAGCUCUUUGUUCAGCUGAAACAUGUCAAGGUUAAGGCAGUGAAAUGAAGCUUUUACAUUACAUUUCAAUGCUAAAAUCAGUAAACCCCAGUGGUUUAAAUAUGUAUGCGGGCAAAGUUGUGUUGAAACGAAUACAAUACAAAAACCUUUUAUCUCACGAGUUGUCAAAACAUCCAUUUGCCAAUUUGCAUGAAAUAUAUUUUAAACAAAAGCAGUAAUAUUAAGAACAAACAUGGCUAAUUUGUGACGGGAAUGCUUUGUCUUUAACUUAGUGCAACUGACGAAAACUUUCAGUAGUGGCGCUUCGUGUACUUCACUUAUGAGAAAAAGAAUGCUAUGAUGUAUAAAUGGCACCGAAACCAAAGGAUGGAUUUUCGUUUCAUGGUAUUAUUUUUGCAGAUGUAAAGGGAAAUGAUUUGAAUUUGUACUAAUAAAGUAGAGUGGUACCUUAGUGAUUGAUGUAGCUUUACAUGUGAAUUUAGGGCAACGUACUUUCUGCUUGUUUGAGUUGAUUCUUGUAACUUGGAAUGUUAAACUUUGAUCUAAAUACACGUGUACAAUUCUUGAUUCUAACGCAUCGAUGAUUCCUUGGGAUAUGUCAGGGACUACAGAGUCCUCCAGCCAGAAAUAAAGUUUAUGGGGGCCACGCGCAAACUCUGUGCACCCCCCAUGGUAUCCUGGGUUUUCAGUAUCUGUUCCCUGUCCUCGAAACGAUUCAAACGCUGUAAACAACUGUUUUGGAAACAUGCGCCUGUAGGAUUGGUCAAAGUAUGACGCAUGUUUUGUUUUAUUGUUUUGGUUAAUGUGCUUAGUGAGGUAGUUUUGUUCAAACGUUUGGUAUACCAUCAUCCAGCAAAAGAAGCCGAGACUUGCGUGUAAUUUGAAAGUGCCGCUUGUACUCGACGCUUUUUGAACACUGCCAACUAUGCGUUUUUCUGUUAACGGUACCUUUGCAAACUCAAGAGCAUUAGUUCUGCUAGCAGCAGUGUGAUAUUGAUCUUCCACGCAGGUUCCAUGCUAGUUGCUUAAGCUACUUUAUUUGAAUUUUUCUAUUUAGUGCUGUCAAAGUCAUAAGAAAUAAAUCAUGAUGAUGCCGAU